UCGACGUUCUUCGCCAUUUCGGUGACGUCACGACAUAGUUACCUGCGAAGCUUUCCGGCUGUAAAAAUGGGACUGCUGAAUAUUUUACGGAAGAUGAAGGGGAAAAAGGGGAAGGAGGUUCGCAUCCUUCUCUUGGGCUUGGACAAUGCUGGCAAAACAACCAUACUCAAGGCUUUAGCAUCCGAGCAACAAGACUUACACCGUAUCACUCCAACGCAGGGUUUUAAUAUCAAAAGUGUUCAAUCUUCAAAUUAUAAGAUGAAUGUGUGGGAUAUAGGUGGACAGCGGAAACUACGACCGUACUGGAAAAAUUACUACGAGGACGUGGACGUACUUAUUUAUGUUAUUGAUAGUUCUGAUCAAAAGAGAUUUGAAGAGACUGGCCAGGAAUUGGCUGAACUUUUAGAAGAAGAGAAGCUGAAGGGAGUGCCGGUGUUAAUAUUUGCCAAUAAACAAGAUCUAGACUUCAAAGCAACACCAGAUGUGAUCGCUAACGACCUGAAUCUGACAUCGAUCAAAGAUCGCCCAUGGCAGAUACAAGGCUGUUCAGCAGUUAAAGGUGAUGGCUUAGAAGCUGGUGUCAAUUGGGUUUUAACAGCAAUAAGAGGAGCGGAAAAAAGCAAGAAAAAAUGAAUAUACGAAUCCAUCCACUCACUUCAACAGGUCCAACAACUUGGAUGUUUUUCCAAACAUUCUGGGCGAUAAAUGUCUUGUCGCGACACUCCUGCUCUCCCCUCAGGUCCCAGUCGAACUCGACUAUUAUCUUGCCCUCAAUUUGGAAUCGGAGUCACAUGACCAUACCUUUAAACCAAGGAAACAGACGUGAAUCACUUUACUCUACUGGAGAUUGUCACUGUCAGCUUGGGGGGAAAGCUUCAAUGUGAACGAACUUCUAGAACUUGAAUAUUGUCCAGACAUUGGCGUAUUUUUUCAAAUCUGUUUUUUUUCACUGGAUGUAUGUUGUGGAUCCCAUUUCGAGGCAAAAACACAGUCACUCCAAAUUAACUUUGUCUGUGCCUAGAGGAGUUUGCAUAGGGUUCAGAUAUCUACUAAUCAAAUGAGUUGUAUAUUGUCGUCCAAGUUGUGGUCAGUACUUAGAUUAAGAUGGGUAUAAAUCAUGAUUUCCCCCACCAUUAGCAUGACCAGUUCCGGACGUUCGAUUCAUGAUGGCAUUAAAUAAACAUUGUGCAUUUUCCGACGAGAAAGAGCACCAUGCUGGAGACUCUUUGUUACAUUUGAGGAGCUAUGUUGGGUCUUUUAUUUUCAAACAGGGUACUAGUACACACAUCACCUUUUUCCUAGAAUUAGUUUGCGAUAUACCUUUUCCAUUGUUAAACCUAUUGGGUUAUGAUGUUUGCAUCAGAAUGUUAGCUGCCAGCAUAGGAUAUGAUAGUAUGCCUGUGAAAAAUUGAGAUUGUACAAUCCGUCUAUGAAUAAACUUUAAAGCUAAGCCGUCCAUAUGAUCCCACCUUAUUGGUGAUACUCGGAUACAUGAUGUGUAUAUCUGUUUUGUGUCAUCCUGUAUGUUUGAAAGAAACAUAUCCGUCCCUGAUCACUCGCAUGUCCAUAAGGGGGAAUUUUCCUGUAGCUAAGUUUGGGUGGUAGAAUUCCAAGUUCUUUUUUGUUACAGAAGUUCUUAGCAAUUGGGAAACAUUGUGACUUUGCAGCAGUGCGGCCUAAACUUGAGUGAAGUUUAUUAUCUAUUCAAAACUGUUGUUGAAUUAUUCUUAUAUGGUGAAAUCUCAACUGCGUCGAAGCAGUUGUAAUUUGGAAGCCGUUCUUACAGAGGAAAAAACAGCUCACUUCUUACAGAGGAAAAAACAGCUCACUUCUGUUUUAGUUUAGCUUCAAAAGUUACCUGGACAAAGUGAAAGACAUGGAGUGAAUACAUAUGGCUGAUUAGCAAAAACACAUAUCAGAAAUAGGGGCCCUGAGGUCUUUUAUAGGAAUGCUGAGGUCUUUUAUAUAUAGGGGCCAAGUGUUGUAACAGAUUAGUGUUCAAUGAAAAAGCUAAUGCAGCUUAACAUCCUGUGUGAAUUCAGCUCAAGCUAUUGGUUGGUCAAUUUGUCCACUGUACUAGAAUCUUCGAUACCAGGUUCCUACACAUUGCCUGCUCCCUGUGCUGUGUCACAGUGGGAUGAAGAGUAAUGUGGAGGAUCUUGGUGACGAGGUUGAAGACAAAUGUAUGAUGUGAAUGUCUAUGUGUAUUAAAAUGAGAAACUUUC